AUGGAGAACCUGCAGCGACAGCAGCGCGCCCGGCUGCAGCAGGCUCUGGAAGCACGGCAGCAGGAGCAGCAGCAGCAGCAACGCUCCACGCCCCCCCCGGCGCAGCCCCCGCCGGCCUCAGGACAGACCCCUGCCCGGGGACGAGGCCCUGAUCUGGCCCCAGCCCCUUUGGAGGAAGGCACGGAGCCUGAGAGCGCUCACAUCCAGCGGGCACAGAUGGCUGCCCUGGCUGCUAUGCGGGCCGCAGCCGCCGGCCUCAGCCACUCGUCCAGCCCAGGGCUGUCGGAGGAGAGCCAGGAGGAGGAGGAGCGUGGUGAGGAGGAGGAAGAGGAAGAGGAUGGCGGUGGCUACCAGCAGGAGAUGGGCUCUGAGGAGGAGGAGGACCUGAAGGGCAAAUGGGAUGAAGAAGAAUUUGAAGAGGACCUGGGCGAGGAGGAGGAGGAAGAAGAAGAAGAAGAGGAAGAAGAGGAGGAGGAGGAGGAAGAAGAGGAAGACUACGAGGAGGAGGAAGACAUGGGCGAGGAGGGGCUGGGCUCAGCGGAGGCGGUGCGGACGGGCGCGGGGUCCCUGCUGCUCCGAAAGCCACCGGCACCUCAGCACUGCCGGGGUGAAGCACAGCGGCUGCCGGGCGCACAGGAGCGACUCCCGGCUGGACUGGGCCCCCAGGGCCACGCACAGCUCCCACAGCCUGCACCCGACCACGGCGACUGGACCUACGAGGAGCAGUUCAAGCAGGUAGGAGCCGAGGGGAGACGUGGGGUUGGAGGGCUCGCUCCUUGGGUUGAGCUGGGUUCGGUGCUGCUAAGAAACCGCCGGGUUCCUCUGGGGUUUGAGUCCUUUGGCUCGUUGCUGGGAGAAUUGCUGGGAACGGAGGGGGGGGAAAAAAGUCACUCUGGAUUUGCGAAUGUGAAGUAGCUCUUGGGUUUGCUGUUUUGGUGGGCUCUGUGCCAGCAGAGGCUGCAGACCCCCAAGCUCCGGACUCUCUUCCACGUGCCUGGCCAUGGGCUGCACAAACCCGAGCUCGGGGCUAAUAGAAGGAAAUAGUGUAAAGCGGGGCUCCCCGGGGGCUGCCCCGGCCCUUUGAUGUGUGUGUGUUUAAGUACAUCUGAGUUUAGGGCUGGGGGAGGGGGCGAGAGCAAACAGCAGCAGAUGGGACCCAGAUGGAGAGUGCGGUGUUUUGGGAGGGGUGCGGUGGCCGCUGCCCCUCGCUCAGCUUGGGGAAAGGGGCUGGGGGCUGCUGCUGGGGCACGGGCAGCACUGUGCCAUCCCAUUGCUGUGGGAGGAAAACGGCUGCCCAGGGCUGGAGGCUGUUGCACAACUCCCAGCCUCCCCAGCAGCAAGCAGGCAGGCUUGGGAGAAUUUCACAGCGUGCUGUGGCACGGAGGGGAACGCCCUGGGCUGCACUCACCUCCUGGGUGAGCGGUGCUGUGAGGUCUGGGGGCUGCCCUGCCGGCUGUGAUUGGGGGAGCAGCAGGACAGGAGCUGUAUGGAUCCCGCAGUGCAUGUGCACAGCUGCAGGGCUGGGAGCCUUUGCUGGAGCAGGGCCACUUGGCACCGUUUGGCACAGCACGUGGCUGAGCUCCCUGUGCUGCUGCCAUCCCCGUGCCCACCAUCCGCAGCACGGCAGGCACCGAGGGCAGCACUCAGCCCCUGCUGCCCCUUCCUUGUGUGCUUCACAGCAGCCCUGGUGCCUUCGGUGCUCCUCCGUAACCCCAACGUACAUCCGUGUGGGUUUUAUGAACACACUGAACUUUUCCUGUGCUGUCUCGAGUGCGUACAUAUCCUCACCUCCUGGCGCUGCAUCGUCUUUCUUCUUGUGGUUUCUCUCUUUUGUACUUCCUGUAAUUAGAGAGUGGGGGACGUAAUCUUUUUAUCUGUGAAAAGGCUUUUAGAUACCACGGCUGUGAUCUUCCUGUUUGUCACUGUAUGAGCGUAUCCCAGCCCUGCACAAUCACUCGGGGAGCUCCCGGCCGUCGCUACCCAGCAGCACAACGUGGGGCUCAGUCCCACCUCUCCCACCCCACAUGGGUACGAGGGGCCGCGCAUCCAUCCCUCUGGGCACCAUUAGGACAGCUUCCUGGUUGUGCUGGAAGCAACCAGCGUUGAAGGGGAAAGUGGCUGCUGCCUCCGUGCCGUGGGUGGAGGCAAGGAAGCAAAGCGCCCGCUCGGGGAGAGGCUUCCCCCGGCACGUCAGCUUGGAUCCUGGCCUCUGGAUUGAGGCCAGGGGCUGCGAGCAGUGCCUGCCCGGGAGCUCCUCCUGGCCGCCCUCCAACGCGUGCCUCCCUGCUCGCCCCGGCCCAGCUGACGGGCUGGGAAGGAGCAGCAGGAAUGUAAACACAGCGCAGGCAGGAUGCGCCCGGCUCCGUGGGGUGGGGGGCGCGGGGGCUGCACCCUCUGCGCUCUGUGCCUUAACUCAGUGUGAAAAGACCCGACUGCGAACGCAGUGCUGCAGCCCAGGGAUUGAGUGGAGAGGGAUUCUGCUGCUGGGGGGGCAGCUCCUGCGUGCUGGGGGGGUUCUUUUAUUUGCUCGCCCGCUGCUCGGGGCUGUGAGCGCUGCUGUGCAGUGAUGGUGUUGCUGUGAUGGGGACGUGUAGCUUGAGGAAGGUGCUAUUUCUGGGUUCCUCUUUUCUCUAUUUUGCAACCGAGCUCCUUGCAGGCCAGCUCUGCUGGGACGCAGCUCCGGCAGCCCCCCGCACCCCCACCCUCCCUUUAUGGCUGCACUGCCUGGGGGGCUCUGCGCUCCCCUUCGCCGGGGCACUUUUUUGACUCAUUUGGGGCAGAUUCCUGCAAAUCAGCCCUCUGGAAGCUGCUGUGCAAUGGGGCGAAGGGGAAGCGUGCGGGGUCGGGAAGCCAAUGCGUGGCACCUCCCCAUCCCUGGGGACGGCCACUGAGAGGCAGAGGUCAGCUCCUGCUGACCUGGGCGCUGCCCGUGCAGCAGCAGAACAAAGGAGCCUGCAGGGCUGGGGGCUGCCGGGGGCUCCUCGUGGGGAGCUGGGGGGGGUGCAGGCUGGGGGCUCAGCUUGUUGCUGGUGCCAGGGAACUGCUGAAAUCCUUUGCUUCUGCUGGCUGUAAGCUCGUCGCUGCGCUUGUGCCGGGCUGGGUCAGGAAUGUGUCUUUUCCUGCAGAGGAAAAUCCCCUUUGCAGGAUGAUGAUACUGAGACCCACAGCAACCAGCACCUGGGGGAGGGCACAGCUGGAGGCAGUCGGAAUGCUUCUGAGAACCCCCAUUCCUAGGAACCAUGGGGUUUUUUGGGCCCUUUACCCAGUGCAGGGCUCGAUUCAAGGAGAGCACAGAAUGACCCCAGCCCACUGUGAGCAUCCCUCCCCAGUAACAGAGAGCAACGUGGCCCUUGCUCUUCGUUUCGCCUCCCUCCCUCUUCCUUCCUUCCUAUAAAAGCCUGCAGUGGGGCUGACCCCCUGUGCCUGUGGGGCAGGAAAAGGUUUGUGCUGGUUGCCUUUCAUCUCGCCCCAAGUGGGAUGCUGAGAGCAGGGCUGGCGUCAGGCAGGCAAUGCCACCACAUCUGGGCUCCCAGCAUCGAGCCUGGAGCUCUCAGCCAAACGUAGGCAACUGGGAUGGGGCAAUCUUGGACCCCUGUGGUCUGUCCCCGUGCCCGGUGACACCGCAGGCUCUGGCCAUGGCCACGCUGGGCUGUGCUUGGGUGAAUUGCUGAGCACGGGCAGCUCAGUGCCUGCAAACAAGCCGGCGGUGCAAAGUGCUGCGUAAUGCUGCCCUGGGGAGCACAGAACUGGAGGAACCUCAGCGAAGGGCCCCAGUGCGCAGUGCAGUGCCCCGGGAGAACCCCUCUCCUGACCUUUCUGUUUCGGGUGAGGAUAUGACUGCACCCCACUAAUACCAGGAGCCUGAACCGGGGGUGCGCUCGCAGCCCACGCCAUCGCAGUUUCCUGUCCCUGCCCCUUUUGGAGUUUCCUGUGCUGAAUGUGAAAGCCAGCUGCUGGUUGUGCACCGUGGGCAAGCGCACGGCUCUGAUUCAGCAGCAAGCCAGGUGCGUGCACCCCAUCACCCCGCAGGGAAACCAGGGCUGCCCUGCCACGGAGGUGUGCGUGUGCCAGAUUUCAGAGCUGGCAGCAGGGAUGGGGCUGGGAGGAGCUGAUGGUGCCCUGCGCACACUCAGGGUCACUUUGCCUCUCUGUGCCUGCCAUCACAGCUGUUGGUGCCGUGACAUAGGGCUCGGUGCUGCAGGCAGGUGCUGGAGCCCCGUAGUUCUGUUCCUAUUUAAAAGAAGCUUUAAAAAAGCCCACGGAGUGGGGGGAGGUUGGCUUGUGGUGAGGAGCUGAUGCUUUUAGGGGAGACAGGAGGUUUCUGAAGUGUUCCAAAUUGGGAUGCCUCAAACACGCUGGUAGCACAAAAACCUCAGUCCUUAUCUGCUGCUGAGCAGAGCCUGCCCGAGAUACGGGGUUUCAAAGUGCAACGGUUAGAAAAAAAAAA